AUGGCAGACGAAGAGGUUAACGGGGAUACUGAUGAGAUACAACACGAAAAGGAUAAAACUCAGAAGAAAGCAGCAAAACACGACAGCGGUGUUGCUGAUUUAGAAAAAGUUACAGACUACGCCGAGGAGAAAGAGAUAUCCUCACAAGAUAUAUCCGGUGCCUUGUCGUUAAUUGGAGACAGAAGAAACAAAGAAGCUGCUGAAAGACUGGAAAAAGAAAAAGAGCUACAAAAAGUUUCAGUUAAAAAAGAUGACAUUGAAUUAAUUGUAAAAGAGCUAGAAAUAUCUCGUACAUUAGCGGAGAGAACUUUAAGGGAACACAGUGGGGACCUGGUGGCCGCAUUAAUAACUUUAACAAAUUAA